CCCACCCCUUCUCCGCACACCUUGGCUAGGCGUACACACUACACACGAGUGAGUGGGCCAUUCGGAACACACAACAUGUCAAUAGCAAGGCACUUUUGACCUCAUUUGGUUUGUUUAGGUGCGCGCAGUGGACAGACACUGCACUUGAACGUUGAUGAAAUGGCCCAGCCUCUCUUCAGACGAUGCUUUAGACUGAUGUAUACUGUGCGCAAGUUUGAUUUGCCCUGCAGCAAAAAAAUUGUUGUUCAGAAUCAAGGUUGUUCAUACAGUAGCAAGAGGCCAGACAAGACAGACGAUUUACCACUGCUAUUCCCUCAGCGGGUGAAGAACGUCAGAACCAGACGAACUGAACCUUUAGCAUCUCUAAGAUCUCUGACCCCGCGUCAUGACAGCAGGAAAAAGGAAAGACAACAGAGGCGCAUCGAGUCUUCCCGUUUUCUAGAAGAAAUGAGACUGGUUGAUGAAGAUGUUUUUACUGACAGCCUUGCUGUAGAAAAUUCAGUAAACACACUCGGGAACCCUGUGGAACUCAAAGAAAAUUAUAUGAGAGCUCUGAUCAGCACAAGUAAGAAGAUCCGUUUCAAGACAAUAGAGAAAAAGUUCUUCAAGAAAAGGAAAAGCUUGAACUUACUAACCUGGAGAGCUAAGGAACAAAUAAGGUUUCUGAAUCGUGGAGACCCAGAGACAUGGACUGUCCAGGCACUAGCUGACUCUUUUCCCGUGUCUGAAGAAAGUAUUGUCAAAAUUCUGAAAUCAAGAGUUCGCCUUCAUAGAACUGAAGAUAUACAAAGGCAUGACAGUGACAUACAAAGGAACUGGUCCGGAAUUUUAGAAUCUUUUGAGGAUGAAGAUGAAGCAGUUUCAAAGAUGCUCUACUUGGGAUUCUUUAGUUCUGAUAACGAAAGCCUGAUCUUGAAUGCAAAUGGACGAUUGGAUUUACCCUUCCCUAUGAAAAAAAAUGACGGUGUGAAAGGACCUUUUUCUGAUAUCGUUAAAGAUUGUUGGGCUGAAAGUUCUGUAUCAGAUAAAUCUAAACAAACAGGUUUCAUCACUGGUGGGGAGAUGAAAACAUUGUCAGAAGUUCUUACAGAGGUUUCUGAAUUCUUUGCAAAUGGGUCUUUUACACCCCCACGGCAUUGGGCAGCAAAACCUGACGUUGGAAACAGUGCUGAAGACUUUAUGCAACAACCUGGGGGCCAUAAACCAGAUAGCAAUGUUAAAAUUCCUAACAAAUUAUGUGUAAAAGGUCUUAGUUCUCAGGAUUCUUCUAAAAGGAAGCACCUCAAGCAAGGAAUUGUUUAUCAAGAUGGAAACUCUAUCUAUAAUGAGGAUGGUGAAUUUUUGUACAGAAUACCAUAGUAUAGUUGAAGUAUAUGUCACGAUGCGAUGGAAUCAGGUGCUUGUCAAUUUUGGGGCACAUGGAGUAUCGAGUUACAUUGGCAUCAUCUUAAAGCUUGUUCAUUUUUCUUGCUUUUGAUAGGGAAUAAUACCCGUCUUUCUUGAAUAGAAGUAGAAGUCAGGAUAUUUGUGAUUGAUAGGGGUGGGGGUUACCUUGUGUCUGUGUCAGAGAUAGAAUUAGUGAGAAAAUGGCUGACAAAGUGUGGUGACUUCCUAAAACUUGAGUGUCCUUGAAAACAGCAAAUGUACAUUUUUCGUACCUUUCGUCAACGUUUACAUUGAAAUCCACAAAGAAAUAUGUUUUUUUAGGGACACAGAAAGUGUGGAGCCAAAACGAAAAAAAAUUCGAUAAAAAUUGUC